AUGAUAGGCGUUAGAAACGAAACAUUCCACAAUGAAAAAAGAAAAAGAAAAUAUGUAGAUGAAAACACAAAUAAUAAUGAUAAUACGUUCAAUAAGUCUAAAAGGAAUACGAUGAAAACCAAAUUAUUAGGAGGUUAUAAUGAAAAUGAUAAAUAUAUAUUUGAAGGAAAUGUAAAAAUAAAGAAUAAGAAUAGGCAUAUUUUUUAUAAUAAAGCACAAGUAUUUAAUCGCGAUUUAAGUAUUAUUUUAAUAAAAACAUUAGAAAUAUAUUUAAAAAAUAAAAAUAAAGAUAAUGAAAAAACAUUAUUUAGAGGAUUUAACAUUAUUGAAUUAUUAAGUGCUAGUGGUAUUAGAAGUAUAAGAUAUGCAAAAGAAUUAAAUGAAACAAUAAAUCAUAUAACAGUCAAUGAUAUUGAUAAAUAUGCCUGCAAACAAAUAAGAAGAAAUUUUAAAAGAAAUAAUAUAAAUAAAGAAAAGUAUACAGUACUAUGUAAUGAUGCUAACAGCGUUAUGAAUAUAUUGAAUCUUGAUAAUAUAUAUAAUAAAAAAAGAAAUAAUAAAAAGUUAGAUAUAGGUUUUACAUAUAUUAAGAGUAUAAGUAAUUUUAAUAAUUAUUUCAUAGAAGCUUUAAGAUUUUUAAACUUUUUAAGUGAUUAUAAUAAGAUUAAAAAUAAUGAAGGAGAAGAUAGUGAUUCAACUACAUUUUCAAAUGAUGAUAAAUAUUUUACAACAUUUAAUUUAAUAGAAAAAGAAACAGAAGAAAGUGAAGAAACUGCGUGCUUUAUAAAGGAUAUAAAUGAUGUAAAGGAAAAUAAAAUAUUAAAGAAUAAGUUAAAAGAAAGUGAACAUACUGAAAGUGAAAUAAAUGGAGAAAUAAAAGAAGAAAUAAAACAAAAUGGAGAAGUUAACGAUAAUUUAAAAGAAAAUGCGAAUGAAGAUAUAAGUAGGAAAAGCAAAUUAAUUGAAAAAUAUUUGUUUGAUAUAAUUGAUGUAGAUCCUUAUGGAUCAUCAAUAGAAUAUUUGGAAAGUUGUUUAAAGUAUGGGAGAAGCAAUUUUUUUAUUUUAGUAACAAACACCGAUAUGAGGAUAUUAAAUGGUAAAUGCCCAGAUGUUUCAUUUUAUAAAUAUAAUAGUAUGAUUUUUAGUAAAAAAGUAAAUUACAAUAAUGAAUUUAGUAUAAGAGUAUUACUCUAUAAAAUUAAAACAAUUGCGUCUAAAUAUAAGAAGUGUAUUAUUCCAUUUGUUUCACUUAAUAUUGAUUUUUAUAUUCGUAUACUGAUACAAGUAUUAGAUGACGCAUUACAAACAAAGGAUGUAUGUGUCGACUCAGGUUUAGUUUAUCAGUGUUCUAACUGUUGCAGUUUUUAUAUUAAUCCUUUAGCUUCAAAAAAAGAUAUGAACCAAUCAGUAACAAGUAGCAAAAAUUCAAAAAAAAAGAAAAAAAAAAAAAAAAAUACAAUUUUGGAUAAUAAUAAUAAUAAAAAUGAAACUGAAAAAAAAAAUGAAGAAAAAAAAAAUUUAAAUAGUAAAGAGAAUACUGAGGUAGAAACUUUAGAAAAUGGCGAAAAUGUUGAAAAUGAAGAAAAUAUUGAAAAUGAAGAAAAUAUUGAAAAUGGUGAAAAUAUUGAAAAUGAAGAAAAUAUUGAAAAUGAAGAAAACAUGAAAAAUUCUUUAGCAAGUUAUAAAUAUAAAAGUACCAAAUUAAAUAUAUCCAAUAAAUGUGAAGAAUGUAAAGGUGAUAUUUUAGUAGGUGGCCCAAUUUAUAUUGGAGGUAUACACAAACCUGAUUUUAUUGAUGUAUGUAUUUCUUUACUGGAAAAUUUAGAAAAAUAUAAUUUAAAUAAAAUAAAAACAAGAGAAAGAAUAUUAAUAAAUAUUAGAUGUUUAAGACAGGAAAUAAAUAUACCGUUAUAUUAUAAUAUGCCAUCACUAUUCAGAAGCUUUAAAAUUUGCUCUUUUUCAAGAAAAUUAUUGGUAAACGCAUUAUUAAAUUUAAAUUAUGAAGUUUCAUAUUUUCAUAAGGAUCCUGAUAGUGUUAAAACAAAUGCACCUAAUCAUGUUUUUAUGGAUAUUUUUCGUGCCAUUAUUUAUAAAAUUAAUUCAAAAUCAAAAAAUUCAAAUGUAGUAGAAAAUAAAAAAGACGAUUUAAAUGGUUUAAACAAUAAUAAAGAAAAUGAUAAUGUACAAAAAAAAAAAUAUUCUAUAAAUACUAUAAAAGAUGAAAAAUUGAGAGAAAAAUUGUUAUCUUAUGAUUUUUUUAAAAAGGAAUGUUCUUUUGACAAUGUAAAUAUUUCGAACUUUAAAAAAAAUUAUAGACCUCUUAAAUUAUUUACUUUAGAAAAUCCUGAACCAUUCUGGGGUCCUAAGAGAAAACAUUUUGAAAAAAAUUAA